CACCCUAUACGCGCAUGGUCACACUGGCAUGUAGUGUUCAAGAAAAGCCGGAGAGAACAGAUUAAAUUGAUUGAAGAAAAUGAUGUGGAAAGCUCUUCUGCUUGCCGUCCUGGCGAUUGCCCACUGUCAGGCGGUCCUCGAAUCGGACGCCAACACUUUGGUGUUGCUCGACAACCUCGCCAUUCGCGAGACCCACUCAAUCUUCUUCAAGUCACUGCAGGAUCGUGGUUUUAAGCUAACCUACAAGCUUGCGGAUGACUCUAGUUUGCUGCUCUCCAAAUACGGUGAAUAUUUGUACAAGAAUGUAAUUAUUUUCGCCCCAAGUGUUGAGGAAUUCGGCGGCGACAUCAGCGUGGAGCGUUUGGCACAGUUCGUUGAUGAUGGCGGCAAUGUUUUGGUGGCAGGCAACGAGAAAUCCGGCGAUGCUCUACGGGAAUUCGCCUCCGAGUGCGGCUUUGAGCUGGAUGAGGAGAGCGCGGCGGUCAUUGAUCACCUGCAUUACGAUGUCAGCGAUGCCGGCCAGCAUACAACCAUCUUAACUUCGGCAAAGAACCUUAUCCAGGCAGACACCAUUGUAGGCAAGGCCAAUAGACAGGCGGAUGCAGCUCCUCUGAUUUACCGCGGUACUGGGCUCAUUGCCGAUAAGGAAAACCCACUGGUUCUUAAACUGCUGACCGCUGAGAGCACUGCCUAUAGUUACAACCCUGUGUCCAGUGUCACGGAUUAUCCCCAUGCCGUUGGCCGUGGCACCCUUCUUAUAGCCGCCCUGCAAGCGAGGAACAACGCCCGCGUGGUCUUCUCCGGCUCUUUAUCUUUCUUCUCCGAUGAGAGCUUCACCACGGCGGUCCAGUACGCCCAGAGCGGUGUGUUCCACAAGCUGGCGGGCAAUCGCGACGUUGCCGAGUCCAUCAGCCAGUGGGUAUUCGGAGAGACUGGACGUCUGCGCGUGGCUUCCGUGCAGCACCACAAGGAGGGCGAGUUGUUGCCACCAGAUCAGGCCUACACCAUCACCGAACCGGUUGUCUACACCAUUGGCAUCGAGGAGCUAGUGCAGGGUCAGUGGCGUGCCUUCAAGGCCAGCGAUAUCCAGCUGGAGUUCGUGCGGAUCGAUCCUUUCGUGCGCACCUACCUAAAGCAGACGAACUCGGGCGCAUAUCAGGCCAAGUUUAAGAUCCCCGACGUCUACGGUGUUUACCAGUUCAAGGUGGAUUACGAUCGCGUCGGAUACACGCAUUUGUACAGCACAACCCAGGUGUCCGUGCGUCCGCUUGAGCACACGCAGUAUGAGCGAUUCAUUCCUAGCGCUUUUCCCUACUACACCAGCGCCUUCUCCAUGAUGAUUGGCGUGUUCGUUUUCUCGUUUGUGUUCCUCCACUUCAAGGACGAGCCUGUGGGCAGGGCCGGCAAGGAGGACAAGAAGUCGCAGUAGUCUGCUUGCUAUUUCACUCACCUCAAAUGUAAUACGCAAAUAAUAAAUUAGCCCCCCAUGUGGGGUUUCAACAAUCA